GGACGAAGAAGAUCAGUCAGACUUCUACAGGGUAUUCCUUCAGCACCCUUGGGCUCUGAAUAACUUGUCAGAUCUAUGUUUCCGUGAGAUGAUAAUACACGACAAGAAUAUGGCGGCAAUUCUCAGACGGAUGAUAGGGUUAAGGCAGUUAGACGUUCCUUAUGGUAGAUUCGAUCAGUUCUCUUUGCAGGAGUUGCUAGCUAACAGGCAAGAAGUGAUGAAUAAUGGACAGCUAGUACAGAAGACAAGGCUUCCGAGACUUUGUGAGACAGUUGAGACGUUAGUGAUUGGUAUAUAUAGAUAUAGCAAUGUUGCCCAUGCUAUUUUAUCAAGUUGUCCACGACUGAAGGAACUGAAAGGAUCUAGAACCACGAUAUCAGAGAUUGUCGAUGGAGCAGAAUGGAUUAGCACUAGAUUGACUACACUAGCUAUAGAUCUUAAUGUAGGUAUUGAUCAAGAGACUGAAGAAGGGAUGGCAAAGACACGUAUUGCGUUUAAGCAGCUUGGCAAGCUGACUCGGCUAGAACAUCUUGACCUAACACGGAACUCCCUGUAUCUUCCUAGUCGGACACUGGACAUGAGAUUAAGAGCAGGUCUGGGCGAACUAGCCAAUCUGAAGAGACUAGAAACGCUAAAGGUUGAAGAUGACCACCAGCGAAUGCAGCUUGAGGAUGCGACAUGGAUGGUGAACAGUUGGCCAAAUUUUAAACACAUAUAUGGGACUCUGAACGAUGAGAAAGAGACAGCUUACUUGCUGGAAGUGUUCUUGAAGUCGCAUAAUAUAAAUUGGAGAAUAGAAAAGCACUGUCACAUAUAGCCUGGUAUGG